AUGGGUGCCGAAGUCCAUACUUCGCACAUCACACCAGCCGACGCAGAAGCUCAGCAGCAUGGCAAGCUCCGUCGGGUACCAGGCCCCAUAUCAUGGAUCCUCAUCCUGAUAUGUGUAAUGGAGUUUGGCGAACGAUUUGUCUAUCAUGGAAUUUCUGGACCUUUCCAGAAUUACAUCCAACAUCCUUACCAACCUGGAUCUCGGAUUCCGGGAGCUCUUGGCAAGGGACAGGCGGUCGGUGUCUCAUUGGGCGACUUCUUCAAAUUUUGGUCAUACCUCUGCGUGGCAUUUGGGGGCAUUACUGCCGACCAAUACCUUGGCAAAUACAAAACCAUUCUCGCAUCAUCUCCCAUUUAUAUAGCCGGCUUGGCCCUGCUUGUGGCCACCGCUACGCCUGUGGCGAUCAAGGCUGGAGCGUCAAUGGGCGGCCUCAUUGCCGCCAUGAUCCUGAUUGGCAUCGGGACCGGGGGCCUCAAGGCUUGCAUCGCUCCAAUGGCCGGUGAACAGAACACGGGACAGGGACAACAUGUCGAAACCCUCAAUACUGGUGAGACUGUCUUGGUAGACCACGACCUGACAACUGCGAGGAUCAUGAUGUGGUACUACUGGGCCGCAAACAUUGGUGCUCUAUCCUCACUGUUGACUGUGGAGCUUGAGAAGAACUACUCGUUCUGGCUAGCAUAUCUUGUGCCACUACUAAAAAGACUCCUCUUGGUCGUGUUGGCUGUUUUCGUUGCCUUCAGCCACAAAAUCAACAAGAUACGGCCGCAAGGCUCUCCUAUUUUAGAUGCCUCGAGAACCUUGGCGAUUGGACUCAAGGAAGGAUCCCUCGAAAAGGCAAAACCAUCGCACAAUACACUGACUGAUACUUACGUUGAACAGGUCAAGGAUGGCCUCCUGGCAUGCAAGUACUUUUUGUUGUUCCCGUUCUACUUCAUUUGCUGGACGCAGAUCUUCAACAACCUGAUCUCGCAAGCAGGAGACAUGAAGAUGGGGGACACCCCCAACGACUUGAUGCAAAGCCUGGAAAACCUCUUCCAGCUCUGCUUCAUUCCUAUCCUGGAUUUGCUCGUGUAUCCCGCCUUUCGCAAAGCAGGCAUCACUUUCAAUCCUAUCUUGCGCAUCUUUGUCGGCUUCAUGUGUGCUGCACUCGGAAUGACGUACGCCUGUGUGCUGCAAUACUUCAUCUACCACCGGCCCGCGAACAGUAUCCCUGUAUGGAUUCAAGCCCCUGCAUAUGUCUUUGGAGCGCUCUCAGAGAUCUUUGUUAUUGUGACCGGUCUUGAAGUGGCAUUCCUGAAAGCACCCGAGAAUCUACGUGCGUUCGUGUCGUCCAUCUUCUGGAUAACACUUGCUGUCGGAGCCGCCAUUGGCAUUGCGUUGGCUCCUGUUUCACAAGAUCCCUAUAUGGUGUGGACAUAUGCGGGACUGGCUAUCGGAGUGUUCCUGGCCGGUUGUGUUUUCUUCGUCUGCUUCCGACACUCAAUUGCUGGCGAAGUUCCAUUGACUGUGGGCUUCGAGGUUGCGGAACAGCCUGUUUUCGACGGCCCUGUGUCUUCUCGAGAGGGGUCGGCUUACUCAGAUCAUACCCUCGUCGAUACAAUUCGAUCCAUUCUGCCGGAUGACGUAUUCUAA